UCAAAUAUUUGGAUUUCUCAAAAAAAUCUAAGAUCGGUUUAUAACUCAGCUGAGAUUAAAUCUUGAGAUACCUUCUUAGUAGUCUCAAAUCUUAUCUUACCUCUCAAAUAUGGCGAUCAACAACAGAUCACAACGUCGUCGCCGCCGGCAUCGUCAGCGUAUAGCGUAUAACAGACUCGUGGAUCGCGAAAAUCCAUUAGAAAAUUUGUGUGAAGUAGAGGUGUUUAAGAGGUACCGAUUUAGGCCUGAUACAGUUCUUUAUAUCACUGGUUUGCUCGCCCCUUCUCUUACACGCGAAACUCUGAGGAGUUGCGCUCUACCACCCCUUCUUCAAGUCCUCGUAACACUGAGGUUUUUAGCGACUGGUGGGUUUUACUCGCUGAUUUCGGACACCUUUUCCUCUAUUUCCCCACCUUCCAUAUGCAGAGCAGUAAGAGACGUGUGCCGUGGUUUGUGCUGGGUGGCAAGGCAAUUUAUCAACAUGCCGACAGGUCCAAGAAUGGUACAAGUGAAACAAGAAUUUUUUGCCAUUGCAGGUUUCCCAAAUGUUCUGGGAUGUGUUGAUGGGACCUUCAUCAAACUACAAGCACCAUCACAGAAUGAACCAGACUAUGUGAAUAGGAAAGGAUAUCAUUCUCUUAAUGUGCAGGUAUUCUGUGCUUUUAACAUUAGCAUAUUCAUGGAUCAUAUUCGAUUUCACAACACAACACAGUAUGGUAUGAUUUUUGAUAAUGUAUUAAUAAUUUCAUUUAUGCCACAACAGGGCCUAUGGGCCACAUUGCUCAUCUGUGAAGAUGGGCAACUAGUUAAACAAGUCUUAAUUUACACAAUAUAAUAUGUUUUCAUAACUUGAAGUUUUAUGCUUAAUAAAUACUACUGUAUAAUGGCUAACUAUUUCAAAAACAACAAACAAUCAAUCAAAAUAUGGAAUGUCAAAGAUGACAACAAUGAUGAAGACAACAUAGAUAGACUGAAAAGCUCACACCAGCCAGCAGUUCACAUGAGCGAAACAUAACAAAUAA